UAAAUACCGCGCCCUUAAUUUGUUUGGUCUCUUGUCUCUCCGAGUGUUUUUGUCUCGAUUUCUUUCUUCUUCUUUUUUAAUUUUUUUCUAUUUUUGGAUUCAUUUGCCAAAAUCUAAAUCCCCGAGCUUUUCAAAUCCAAAGCUUUCCGUUUUUGGGAAGGUCUCGGAUUCUCGGCCGAUAUAUCGCCUGCAUUUUUGUCACCCUAUCGAUAUAUUGUUGUACGUUUUCUGCUUAUCAUUUGUCUUCAAUUUCUCAAGAUUGUUCAACUCAUAUUCUUAUCUGAAAUCCAUUCAAAGAUUUUAAAGCUUUUUCUGAUAUUUCAAGCUUUAGAAGAAAGAAGAAAAAUUUCGUCGUUCAAUCGCUAACAUAUUCAAUGGCUUUACUGUGUUAUUAAAGUCGGCCAGCCCAUCAGUUUUGAUUCGUAGCUGUGCAAGAAGAGGAAGAAGAAGAGCAGAGCAGAGGAAAUGAAAUUAGAGAUAUAAAGAAAGACAGCUAAGAAAAGAAAACAGCGUUUGAGAGGAUCGAGGACGAAGACAACAGGAAAAGUAUAAAUCAAAAGCAAAGAAAGAAAGAGAGAAAAUGUUUACGUGCAUAGCGUGCACAAAGCAAAUGGCCGAUGGAGGGGAAGAAGCAGAUGGAGCGCGUGCAAGUGGCACGCCUAGCACUAAAGAGGCUGUCAAAAGACUGACCACACAGAUCAAGGAUAUGGCAUUGAAAUUUUCUGGAGCUUACAAGCAAUGCAAGCCCUGCACAGGCUCCAGCAGCUACAAGAAAGGAAGUCGACCGUAUCCCGAUUUUGAUGCCGCUUCGGAAGGGGUUCCAUACCCCUACAUGGGUGGAAGCACUAGUUCAACGCCUGCAUGGGACUUCGUCAGCGCCAAUCAUCAUCCAGGAAGAUCAGACUCGAGAUUUACCGGCGCAUUCAGUGGCGAUAGAACUCCGGGAUAUCCAGAGUCUUUCUCCGCCCAGGAUUUGGUGUUGGAGGAUGAGGAUGAGCCUAAGGAAUGGAUGGCACAGGUGGAACCUGGUGUUCAUAUAACUUUUGUGCCCCUUCCUAAUGGAGGAAAUGAUCUAAAACGGAUUCGAUUCAGCCGGGAGAUGUUCAACAAGUGGCAAGCACAACAGUGGUGGGGUGAGAAUUAUGAUAGAAUCAUGGAGCUCUAUAAUGUACAGAGAUUUAAUCGUCAGGCAUUACAUACUCCCCAAAGGUCUGAAGACGAGACGCAAAGGGAUUCCUGUAAUUCAAGGAUGGGAUCUGCGAUGGAAAGUCCCAUGCCUCAUUGGACGCCAAGAAACAACUAUAAACCUUACGGUGCAGGGCAUAGUGGUGGCACAAGAGGUGAUGCAUCGUUUGAUGCUGCACGAACGACAACCUCGUCGAGAGACGAUCCUUCUGUUUCGGUGAGCAAUGCGAGUGAAAUGGAGGCUGAAUGGGUUGAACAAGAUGAACCCGGGGUUUAUAUUACCAUCAGACAGUUGGUAGAUGGCACCAAAGAACUCAGGCGUGUCAGAUUCAGCCGCGAAAGAUUCGGAGAAGUAAAUGCAAAGCAGUGGUGGGAGGAGAACAGAGAUAGGAUACAGGCACAAUACCUUUAAAUUUUGUAACAGUAUUGGUUACAAAUGGACGAUCAGCGGUAAAUGCGUUUAGCAUUUAGAUGUUCCCUCUCAAUUUUGGCUGUGAAAACACGUAGUGGGUAAAUAGUACUACUACAAGGCAACUGGGGUUUUGUCACCUUUGCUUAUGACAAAAACUCUCGACUAAUAAUGUUAUUUCACUC